AUGGAGGACGGGGAACCAACUCCGGAAAGUGAAAAGUUUAAGAAUUUCACAGAAAGUGCUCAUGAAUCUUCUUGGGGUAGUUUGCAUGAUUCGGAGUUGAACAUCGCUUUAAGACAACAGUUUUCAAAGAACAAUUCAAAGAAGGAUACUUCCAACAUAGAGAUAGCAACAGAUGUGGACACAGAUGAAGAUAUUCUACACUAUUCCAACAAUAAUGGGAGAAACGCGGUUGCAACUGAUAUUAAACCACCAACGCUCCCGAAUUAUGCGAAAGAAUCCGUAUCAGAUGACUGGGGAUCAAUGAAUGACUCCCAAUUCAUAAGUUUUGUCAAUAAAAUUAGCCAGACUCAGCGUGACUCUAAAUCUACUGCUUCAGUGAAGAAAACAUUAUUGUCUUCCGAUAAGGCUAAUAAUACGGCUGAGAGCUCUGUAUUUCUUGAUGAAGACUUCCAGAUAUCAUCCACCCCGAAAUGCAAAGUCAGCAAUAUAUCAUCUUCCCCUAUUUUACUAGCUCAAAAACUGCCUCAGCUCCGGGAAAAAGGAACAGAAGUUGAAUAUCAGGAAGAUGUGAUGACUAAACAAGACUAUGAAGAUUCUAAUAGAUACGCAUUUGAAGAUCAUGAGGGCUAUUUCAAAGUCAAGAAUACAAAGCAAAGAAAGCAAGAUCAAGAGUAUUCUGAAUUCCUCAAAGGAAAAAAAGAAGAUGGCCAGACUUUUCCACCACUAUUUUCGAAUUGUGCAAUUCAUAUCAAUGGGAGAACAGAUCCAGACAUUUUACAACUCCGGAAAAUGAUAUUAUUGCAUGGGGGCACAAAUGUACCUUACCUUUCCUCGAAAGGUAUUGCUACACACAUUGUUGCUGAAUCCUUGCCACCAAGAAAAAGAAUACAAUUUUCCAACUGCAAAGUGGUAAGUCCGAAGUGGAUAGUUGAAAGUAUUGCUGCAAAAAAGUUAUUGAACUGGGCACAAUAUAGGCUUGAGCAAUUGGGAGAAUAUGGACAACAAGAAAUCAAUUUUUUGAAAGUAAAUACGUUAAUGGAAAAUAAUGACGUUUCAGAAGUUCAAACAGGUAAUAUUGCUGACCAUGGAACAGACAUGGAAGUAAAUGAUUCCCUUUCAGAGGAUAAGAGAGCAGAGAAGGAAGAUAUACUUUCCCAGGAGUUGAGCAGAGCAGGAGUCGAUGCCAGAGAUUCCAAUUUUUUGCGUAUUUUUUUUUCGAAAUCACGACUACAUCAUUUGAGUACGUGGAAAGCUGACUUGAGAUCUGAAUUUUUAAACAAAGCUGCGGCUCUUUUGAAAGAACGUCAAUUUGAUGCACCUAAAAACAACAUCGUGCCAGAAAAUAGAGUCAUUUUGCAUGUUGAUUUUGAUUGCUUCUUUGCAAGAGUUUCUGCAAACUUGCAUCAGCCUAUGAUAGAUUUUGAUAAUACACCAUGUUGUGUGACACACGGUGGGGCCUCAGCGGAUGUUUCGUCUUGCAAUUAUGUAGCUCGACAGUUUGGUGUGAAAAACGGAAUGUGGUUUUCAAAAGCACAAAAAUUAUGCCCCAAUAUUGUUUGUCUACCCUACCAAUUUGAUGAUUAUGAAAGAGUUUCCAAUAUUUUUUAUGCAAAACUUUUAGCUCUGAAUAUUGAUUCAAUAUUACCCGUGAGUGUCGACGAGGCAUUAGUCGAUAUAUCUUCUUUAUGCAUGGAGAGCGGAGGUGAUACUAUGGGGGUUCUGAAAAAUAUUAAAUGUGAGUUGGAUACGGCAACUGGCUGUACUGUGAGCUGUGGAUCUGGAAAAAAUGUUCUAUUGGCAAAACUAGCCUUGAGAAAAGCUAAACCCAAUGGGGUUUAUGUUGUUCCUUCCGAUGAGAAUCAGAUUUUGAGGUUUUUGGAUGAUAUUGAUGUCAGAAAAUUACCUGGAUUUGGCGAUCGACUCUUUGAAAAGUUGCUUUCCCUGAUGGGUAAAGGUACAAAUACAACUGUAACAAUAAGCUCAUUGAGGUGCAUUGAGAAGGAAAAGUUGAUUUCAUCUUUUGGUAUUAAAACUGGAGAGAAGUUGUAUCUUUUUUCAAGAGGGGUCGAUGAUACUAGUAUUGAUUUAUUAUCUGAUCCAGAAAAGUAUCUUCGAAAAUCACUCGGUAUUGAUGUAAACUGGGGUAUACGGUUCAGUUCCAAUGCUGAAGUUGAAGAUUUUUUGAACAGGCUAGCAGCUGAGUUAAGUAAGAGAUUAGUUGAUUGUUGUAUGACUGGUUCAAUGCUAACUCUAAAGUUAUCCAUUAGACAUCCAGAUGCGCCCAUCGAACCACCUAAAUAUCUAGGAAUGGGUUAUUGCACAUUUGUGUCGAAAUCAUCUAGACUUGGAAUUAGUACAAGAACUACAGGUAUCUUAAGUUCUGAAAUGAAAUAUUUAUGGCGAUUUCUCAAUGUUGACCCUAAAGAGCUAAGAGGGGUUGGUGUAAGUAUGAACAAGCUUAUUCCCGAAGGCAAUGGUAAAAUAGAUACCAACAACCAAAUGAAGCUUCAGUUUAAGCCAGCUGCAGCUACAUCUCUCCAUACCGCUAUUCAAAAGGAAUUACCUGAAGAAGUUUUUGAAGACCCCCCUGCUUUGGAACCUCCUGCCGGUAUAGGACAUAAAAUCCAAACUCAUCAAAAUUUUUCCCCGUCAAAACGUACAAGAGGUGAUGAUUUUUUGAGUGAAGAGAUUGAUUGGGAGGUUUUUGAUAAUCUUCCAGCUUCUCUUCAAGAAGAAAUCAAAAGAGAAUUACGGAAGAGGAAAUUACAGUCGUCUCCUAUAAGGAAGAAAGUUGCAUCUACUGGUAAAGAUAUUGCUUUUAUGCUUUCUCCCUCUAAGAGAACCCCCAAUAACAUUCAGCAACAUGAUAUUUAUAAUCUCAUAACCCCAGAAAAAGUAAAUACUAAAGAUGAGAACCAGAUUAUUUUUCAGGGCAUCAACGUUUCCGAAGAACCCAAAAUACUGAAAAAGUUACUGUUUUGGAUGGACUUCACGCUUGAAGAAAAAACUGGGAUAGAAAAAAAGGAUCUGGAGCUCUUCAAAGAUUUCAUGCUGAAAUUGCUUUCUAGAAAUGAUGUGAUAAGAUAUACGCGGAUAGUUUCGGCCAUGUCAACUUAUUUACAUCUUAAAAAAGAUAUGAGAGGAUAUGAAGAAUGGUUUUACCAAUUGAAACAGCUCAAAGCUUUGCCUGAUGAGCAAUCCUUUACUGCUUUUGAGUUCAGGUUCUAA